UGCACCCCUAAUUUUCAAACCGAAGGAAAGCAAACAAAUCUCCAGACUCGCCUGCGCCCAACCAUUUCUUGUUCCAUUUCCUUCCCCUUUCUUCACUCCUCGGGAAUUCCCCGAUCCCUUGCCUCCACGAAUCUAAUUUCCCCAUUCUUACUCUAUUGGAUUCCGCGAUUUAUGUCUCAUGUUCCAUUCUUCAAGUUUUCAAUCAUUCCAAUCCCUUUCGAGUCUGAUCGGGAUUUUAGGUUUCUUUUCUUUAAAAAAAUUUCGAGUUUUGGGCUGGAUUUUCUUGGCAUUUGUAUUGACUCGGUUCGCGGGCUGGGAGGACAAUUGAGAUGGCGACGGCUCUGAACAAGAUCGAGAGGGCGCAUUAGAUGUAUCGAGAAGGGCAGCACGAGGACGCGCUGGGGCUCUAUACAGAGGCCCUGGCCCUGGCCAAGACUAAGGCCCAGAAGAUCGCCGUCCACAGCAACCGGGCUGCCUGCUAUUUGAAAUUGCACGACUUCAAGAAGGCAGCAGAAGAAUGUACUUCAGUCCUUGAGCUAGAUCACCAGCACUCAGGGGCACUGAUGUUACGUGUGCAAACAUUAGUCACGCUUAAGGACUACCAAUCUGCACUCUUUGAUGUCAACCGGCUGAUGGAGCUGAAUCCAUCUUCUGAUGUAUACCAGAACAUGCAGGCUCGACUAAGAACACAAUUGUCACUAGCUCCAAUACCUGAGUCUGAGGAAGAAGCAUUGUAUCAUGAAGAAGGUGGCAAAUCCCCUCUGACAGGGGAUGCAAAAAGCAAGCCCCUUAGCAGUAAGCCUGAAAUGCCUGUCACCCAAAAUCAGAACCUUGUGGUUCCUUCUGAUAUGCCUUCCAAACCUAAAGGUUGGGAAGCAAUCCCAAAACCAAAAGGACAUUCAGGUCUGGAUUACUCUCGAUGGGACAGGGUGGUAGAUGAUUCAAGUGAAGAGGAAGAAGAAGUUGAAGAAGAGCAGCAGCCACAGUAUCGGUUUUGUGUUAAAACUGUUGGUGUUAGGCCUGUGCAGUGAAUGAGCUCUUGGGUGAAGUUCAAAUGAAAAUGCAUGGAUACCUGAUAAAGGGAUGCCAUGAGCAUGAUAAUUCAUGGUAUCUAUCUGGUUUGCCUACUCUUACAAGGAGUGUCAUGUAAAUGUCCAGAAGUGGCUGAUUGAAGCUGAAGACUAGCCUGUUAUAUUGUCAGUUACAAUUUACAUGCGGACAGUUAACUGUGCCUGUUGAUGGAUUGGUCCUUGGUGGAGGAUGAACUACAUCCUGAUCACUUGUCACUGCCUCAUCAUUACAGAAAUACAGGACCUUUUAAUUGAAUUACUUGGGGAACACUCUGCUGGAAAUUUAGUAUGAGGUGGCAACAGUUUUUUUUUUUAUCAACAAUGAUUAUAAUUCUGCAAGCUGCUUCUGUUCAUUGAUAGCAUUAGGAGAGAUGACAUAUAUUCUUGUGGUGAGGAAUCUUGGUCCAAAUGCAAUAUUUUCUUAUCUUAGAUAUGUCAAGGAUGAUGUUGAAGGAUAAGUUUUUUGUUUUCAGCCUUCUAUUUUCUGCCCUUGGACUGACACUAUAGUUUCAAUUUUUCUGUAACAUAUUCAAAGACAUGUAGUUCUAUCGAUGCUUUCAGGACUAUUCUUUUAA